GAAUAGCCUACCGGAAGUUCCACGUCAGUCAGUCGGCGGGUCAGCAGGUUGGUGGGUCUUUCUGGGCCUGAGUCGGCGGUAGCAAGCGAGGGCCCUUGGACCUGGACGGACGGAGCCAUGCCUCUGCGACUUGACAUCAAGAGAAAGCUAACUGCUCGAUCUGAUCGAGUCAAGAGUGUGGAUUUGCAUCCUAUAGAGCCAUGGAUGUUGGCAAGUCUUUACAAUGGCAGUGUGUGCGUUUGGAAUCAUGAAACACAGAAUUUUGAAGACAAGGCAUCAAAGUGGGAAGACAAAAAGACAUUGGUGAAGACAUUUGAAGUAUGUGACCUUCCUGUUCGAGCAGCAAAGUUUGUUGCAAGGAAGAAUUGGGUUGUGACAGGAGCAGAUGACAUGCAGAUUAGAGUGUUCAAUUACAAUACUCUGGAGAGAGUUCAUAUGUUUGAAGCACACUCAGACUAUAUUCGCUGUAUUGCUGUUCAUCCAACCCAGCCUUUCAUUCUAACUAGCAGCGAUGACAUGCUCAUUAAGCUAUGGGACUGGGAUAAAAAAUGGUCUUGCUCACAAGUGUUUGAAGGACACACCCAUUAUGUUAUGCAGAUUGUGAUCAACCCGAAAGAUAACAAUCAGUUUGCCAGUGCUUCUUUGGACAGGACCAUCAAGGUGUGGCAGCUGGGCUCUUCAUCACCAAACUUCACUCUGGAGGGACAUGAGAAAGGUGUGAAUUGCAUUGAUUACUACAGUGGUGGUGACAAACCAUACCUCAUUUCAGGUGCAGAUGACCGUCUUGUUAAAAUAUGGGACUACCAGAAUAAAACAUGCGUGCAGACACUUGAGGGGCAUGCCCAAAAUGUGUCUUGUGCCAGUUUUCAUCCUGAGUUGCCAAUCAUCAUCACCGGUUCAGAAGAUGGAACAGUGCGUAUUUGGCAUUCAAGCACCUACCGUCUUGAGAGCACACUGAAUUAUGGAAUGGAAAGGGUGUGGUGUGUGGCCAGUCUGAGAGGGUCCAACAAUGUCGCUUUGGGAUAUGAUGAAGGGAGCAUCAUUAUGAAGCUUGGUCGGGAGGAACCUGCCAUGUCCAUGGAUGCCAAUGGAAAGAUAAUUUGGGCCAAGCAUUCAGAGGUCCAGCAGGCCAACCUGAAAGCAAUGGGAGAUGCUGAAAUUAAAGAUGGAGAAAGAUUGCCACUGGCAGUAAAGGAUAUGGGCAGUUGUGAAAUAUACCCUCAGACUAUUCAGCACAAUCCUAAUGGACGGUUUGUUGUGGUGUGUGGUGAUGGUGAGUAUAUCAUCUACACAGCAAUGGCGUUGAGAAACAAGAGCUUUGGGUCUGCCCAGGAGUUUGCUUGGGCUCACGAUUCUUCGGAAUAUGCAAUAAGAGAGAGCAACAGUGUUGUAAAGAUAUUUAAGAACUUUAAAGAAAAGAAAUCAUUUAAACCAGAUUUUGGAGCUGAAAGUAUCUAUGGAGGCUUCUUACUGGGAGUCAGAUCUGUAAAUGGCUUAGCCUUCUAUGACUGGGACAAUACAGAACUCAUACGCAGAAUUGAAAUUCAGCCCAAACACAUUUUCUGGUCUGACUCUGGAGAGCUAGUCUGUAUUGCCACUGAGGAAUCAUUUUUUAUCCUUAAGUAUCUGUCAGAAAAAGUUUUGGCUGCACAGGAAACCCAUGAAGGAGUUACUGAAGAUGGCAUUGAAGAUGCCUUUGAGGUUCUUGGUGAGAUUCAGGAGAUUGUGAAAACAGGGCUGUGGGUAGGCGAUUGUUUCAUUUAUACAAGUUCUGUCAACAGAUUAAAUUAUUAUGUCGGAGGAGAAAUAGUCACCAUCGCUCACUUGGACAGGACUAUGUAUCUCCUGGGCUAUAUUCCUAAAGACAACAGGCUUUAUCUGGGGGAUAAAGAACUGAACAUCGUUAGCUACUCCCUGCUUGUUUCAGUACUGGAAUACCAGACAGCUGUCAUGAGGAGGGACUUCAGCAUGGCUGAUAAGGUCCUCCCUACCAUUCCAAAAGAACAGAGGACCAGAGUUGCACACUUUUUGGAAAAGCAAGGCUUCAAGCAGCAAGCUCUUACAGUAUCCACAGAUCCUGAGCAUCGCUUUGAGCUUGCUCUUCAGCUGGGAGAGUUAAAAAUUGCAUACCAGUUGGCAGUGGAAGCAGAGUCAGAACAGAAGUGGAAACAACUUGCUGAGCUUGCCAUUAGUAAAUGUCAGUUUGGCCUAGCCCAGGAGUGCCUGCACCAUGCACAGGAUUAUGGGGGUCUUUUGCUUUUGGCCACUGCCUCUGGAAAUGCUAGUAUGGUGAACAAGCUAGCAGAGGGUGCAGAGAGAGAUGGCAAGAAUAAUGUGGCAUUCAUGAGCUACUUCUUACAGGGCAAGCUUGAUGCUUGCCUAGAACUCCUGAUUAGAACUGGACGACUGCCAGAAGCUGCCUUCCUGGCCCGAACUUACCUACCAAGUCAGGUUUCAAGGGUAGUGAAACUCUGGAGGGAGAAUCUCUCAGUAGUCAGUCAGAAAGCUGCAGAAUCCCUUGCUGACCCAACAGAGUAUGAAAACCUCUUCCCUGGUUUAAAAGAAGCCUUUGUGGUUGAAGAAUGGGUGAAGGAAACACAUGCUGAUCUAUGGCCAGCCAAACAAUACCCACUAAUCACGCCAAAUGAAGAAAGAAAUGUUAUGGAAGAGGCAAAAGGCUUUCAGCCCUCAAGAGCUGCAGCCCAACAGGAACUUGAUGGGAAGCCUGUCUCUCCUACUUCAGUGAUAAUGGCCUCCCACACAACCAGUAAAGAAAAGAGUUUACUUGAACUGGAAGUAGAUUUGGAUAAUUUGGAAUUAGAAGAUAUUGACACAACAGACAUCAAUCUGGAUGAAGAUAUAUUGGAUGACUGAACUUAAUGUUUCCCAUUUACUCGACUAAACAAAUCGUUAUUAUGUAUUGGUGUUGAUCUUCACCCUCACCAUAGUGCUUUGGACUAUGAAAAAACUCCUUAGGUUUUUAUACGUAGAACUGGGAGCAGAAUACCUUCCUUGUCUAAAGGAGUUUCAUGUGCAGCAAGCAUUUAAAUCACCAUGUUUUCCUUGUUAAAGGAAAGGACAUGGGCUUUGAUUUUUUUUCAUACUGUCAUUAGACCAUAUCUCAUAAAAUCUUUUGAACUAAUAAAGAUGCUCCAAGUUUCCCUUCUAUAUAAUGAAAAUAGGUAUGUGGUUUUAGCCUGUAACACACUGGUUUAGGAUGCUAAGCCAAAACUAUUGCCUCAUAGGAAUCAGCCCACAUUCUCUUUUCUUUGAAUAGCUAAAUUUGCAUUUUUAAAUAUCAUCAAUCACAUCUUUCUUAGGAUUGAAUAUCCAUGUUGUAAUUCUCUAAACCCUUUUUCUUGAUCUCAUGGCAUCAUUCCCUCAGCCUACACAACUUGGCUGGCAUGGGUUCUUAUGCCUUGCCCUGAUUUUGUCUCAUAGCUCCCCGUUUCUGAAUCAGGAUCUGAAACUCCAGUUCCUGAGGCACCGUCUAAACUACCUAUUGGCCUAUUUGGUGACACAGAAAGGCACAGUACUUUUUCCUUUUUACUGUACACUCAUCUAACAUGAUUAGAGAAAUUCAUAUCUAGGUACUCAAAUGUAUUUCUCAAUUACUCCCUUGUAGCCUAGGAAAGUGAGUAGGGUAACACAUUUUUCUUUGUAUUUCUGUCACAGAUGCUAUCCAGAACUCAAAAACUGAAGGGAAGUACAAAUCAGUACAUUUUAAUCUGGACAUUUUUAAACAUUUGGUUCAAUAGUAACAAAGAAAAAUCUUGUUAGUUAUUAGUAAAAUGAAAUUUACUUAAAAAUACUUUCAGGAAGCUGCAGAAUGGCUAAUGAAUGCACCUUGAUAAGCCUGCAGCAUUAAUUCUACAUAUGCUCCCAUCUGUGCUUCAGUUUUUGCAAAGACCUGUUUAAAUUAAAAAAAGAAAAGUUAUGUAAUAGAACAUACACUAUAAAGUUUUCAGUUUUGAAACAUUUCUAUAAUAACAAAGAAAAGUCUGUUUUAAAAAGUCUUCUAAGUUUCACAAUUUUUUCAACUGAUUAUCAAAUAAUAAACAUAUAUAUAUAU